AUAUAAUACAUUCAUAUUUAUUUAUUGGAACUUAUAUGGGUUUAUGGAAUGUUGUACUACACAGAAUUAUAUUUUCCGCAAACGCAUCUAUUUGCUUUGCGAGUAAAUUUUUGAUACGCUCAAAUUACUACGUCACUUAAAUUGUGGUUGUAUUUUUGUUAUUUCUCUUAUUAGUACACAUUUGGUAUCUCAUUAGUGAAAUCGGCAUCAGUUUUUUUAAUGUCCACUUCUGUAAGCUUAUAAUUCCAAACCAUAUUUUAUGUUAGCAAUAAUUACGAUCUAAUUUUGAAAUGUUUACCAACAUUAAUUGUAAAUAAUUUUUAUCGCUUGCCUUUAUCAUUUAUUUUGUCCUUCAAAAAUGUCUUCUCUUUUUUCCAAAUUUAUUUUUCACAAAAAUCUUACAUGGAUUAUUUGUCUAUGAUAUUGAAUAGAAAUAGGUCUUGAGAUGACGUCUCAAUCAAAAGUCAAAAUUGCUAUAAUUGGCGCCGGACCGGUCGGAUCGUUGUGUGCUUGUUUUAUGGCUGAAUAUGGUUAUGACGUUACCAUCUUUGAAAGUCGAACAGACAUUAGACUCAUGCAAACCACAACUGGACGGUCCAUAAAUUUAGCAUUGUCGGAAAGAGGCAUAAAGGCUUUACAAUUUGUCGGUCUCGAUAAUAUUUUAAUUGAAGAGCUCACGGAACCUAUGCACGGCAGAAUGAUCCAUUCUACUGAUGGUCAUAACUACAGCAUUCCAUAUGAUAUUUUCAAAAAGAAGUGUUUAUAUUCUAUCAGCAGAAAGGAGCUGAAUGGGGUUCUAUUAACAAAGCUCGAAAAAUAUCCAAACGUGAAGUUAAACUUUUCUUACAAGCUCGUUGAUAUUGAUUUUAGUUCAAAAAAAUUAACAUUUCAAACAGUGGAAAAUCAACAAGUAAUCAUCUUACCUGAUAUCGUUUUUGGAUGCGACGGAGCUCAUUCCAUUGUUCGACAACAUAUGAUUCGUCUGCCUAUGUUUAAUUAUUCCCAGUCGUACAUAAAUCACGGUUAUUUUGAAAUUAAUUUACCAAACACAAAAGAAAAUGUUUUAACUCCUGGACAUCUUCAUAUUUGGCCAAGAGGUACAUUCAUGUUGAUAGCAUUACCAAAUAAAGAUAGCUUUUGGACUUGCACUUUAUUCAUGCCAAUGGAUAAGUUUCCAUUGAUAUUAGAAUCUGGAAAAGAAGAGAUUUUAAGUUUUUUCAAUAAACACUUUAAGGACUUUGUGAAUUUGAUUGACCCAGAAAAUUUAAUUCGCCAAGUGAUAAGUGGAAAAGCACGAACUCUUAUUUCUAUUAAAUGUAACCCGUACCACGUUAAUGAUAGCUUUUUGUUGAUGGGAGAUGCAGCGCACGCUAUCGUACCUUUUUAUGGACAAGGAAUGAAUGCCGGUUUUGAAGACUGUACUAUAUUGAAUCAACUUCUCAAUGAAUAUGACCAUGAUUUAAAAACUGUUCUGAGAAUGUUUUCAUUAAGAAGAAUUGAAGAUGCAGAAGCAAUCAGUGAUUUAGCUCUUUACAACUAUAUCGAAAUGCGAGAUUUAGUUACUCGAAAAAGUUUUUUGUGGCGGAAAAAAAUUGAUAAAAUAUUAUAUAAAUGGUUUCCUCAAAAAUGGAUUCCACUUCAUAGUUUAGUUUCUUUUACAACAAUCGGAUACAAACAAUGUAAGCUAAUAAAUCAAUGGCAAGAUCAAGUCAUAUUUAGAAUGUUAAUUUUAUUUUCAUUGUUCAUCGGAAUCACGCUAUUUAUUGUUCUUACUUCAAUAAUAUUAAAAUGAUUGCAAUAAUAAUCAUUGUACACGAGUACAAUAAAAACCAUUUCAAACUGUAAAAGAUUUAUUAAUAAAUGUUUUAUAAGUGCUCUC